UGUAUUAUACAAACUGUUUAUACUUUAUAACCUGUCAUUUUACUUACCACGGUCCCUCCCGCAGACCCACCCCUGUCCCCCUCGGCCAGCUUCCCCUGGUCAGCCAUUAUCUGAGCCCCAAGCCUCCCGAGGCCAGGUUCCCGCCCCACCUGCCAAGACCCGGGGCCGCCCCGCCCCCGCCGCGGGCGUCUUCAUUCCUCGGCCCCGCAGCCCGCGCUCGCUGUCACCGGAGGCCCGUCGCUCGCGGAUCCUCCGUGAGGCCCGUUUCCGGUGGGGCGAGGGCGUCUCCAAGGCGGCCCGGCGCCUGCUCGCUCAGCACCGCCAGCAGCGGCCCAAUGCAGGCGCAGCGAGGAGCUCGGGGAGGCCACGGACACCGGCCGGGCCGCAAUCGGCCUGGCGGGGAUCGCGACCGCGAGCGGACGGGAGCCACAGUGGCGGUGGCGAGAGGCGGCGGCGGGGACGAAGGCAGCCGCCGGGGCCGCGGUCGGGGUUUCCGCGGCGGCCGCGGAGGCCGAGGAGGAGGCGCCCCACGAGGUGGCCGCCGGGAAACGGGAGGCCGGGGCGCCGAGGCCAGAGCGCCGGUUGAAGAUGACAGUGCUGCAGAGGCCUAUGGAGAAGAGAAUGAACAGGGAAAUUAUUCUAAAAGAAAGAUAGUCUCUAACUGGGAUCGAUAUCAAGAUACUGAAAAAGAGGUCGAUAAGGAAAGUGGAGAAUCUCAGAGGGGGACGGAUUUCAGUGUUCUUCUCAGCUCUGCAGGGGACUCCUUCUCACAGUUCCGGUUUGCAGAAGAGAAAGAGUGGUAUGGUGAAGCUUCAUGUCCAGAGCAGAAUUCAGCAUUUUACGUGGACUGUGAGUCAUUGGUUCAAGCCCUUCAAGAACUGCCUCUCUCACUCCGACUCAAUGUUGCUGCCGAAUUGGUCCAGAGCGCCCUUCCUUCAGAGGUUCCUCAGCUGAAACCAAAGAGAAAUGAUGAAGGCAAGGGGCUCGGGGUGCAGUUAAAAGGGCCCCUGGGGCCUGGAGGCAGGGGGUCUGUCUCUGAGCUGACAUCUGCUGCUGCUCGCUGCCCCAUGGUCCUGGGGAACGCUGGCCCAAGACCGGGUCCUUCAAAGAGUUCUCAGAAACCUGCUUCCCCCCUGCCGUCGGCAGCAGACCACCUGGAAGAAGAAUUAGAUCUGCUGCUUAAUUUAGAUGUGCCUAUAAAAGUGGCAGAUAACAUCUUACCAGACCAGACACUGCAGAACCUGGAAUCUGAGAAAGAUGGGGAGGUGGCCCAAGAAGAAGAAGUUCUCGCAAAACCAUCUGUGACGGAAGAAAAGAACAUGGAAUUGGAGCAACCAAGUACAUCAAAAAAUGUUACCGAGGAAGAGCUUGAAGACUGGUUGGACAGCAUGAUUUCCUAACCAAAAGAAAAAAAAAAAUAAGAAAAAAGAAAGAAAAAAAAGAAAACGUGCCUGCAACGAAUGUGGGCUGCCUCGUAAGGGUGGGCUCGCUGUCCUCCAAGAACAGCUGAUUGACAAGCAUGCCGCAGGCCCGUGUGUCCCGUCCUGCUCACCGCAGAGAGCCUACCUCUAUGUUUGUCAGUAUCCCAAUAGUACAUUUAAGAGGCUCAUUGCAUUUGUGCUCUGGCCUGGUAACCUAGCUUGAGGGCAGGGGAUACUAUGGCUGACGCUCACUCGUUUCCAGCCUCCUUCCUCUCAGUGUUCACAGCAGAGCAAGUGCUGCUGCUGCAGAAAACAGGCGGCAGCAACAGGCAUGCAUUUGGCCACAAUAAACAAAGGCUGGUCUA